AUGGCUGCAGGGGAGCAGAAGAAGGACACACACUUCAUCGACGAGACCUGUUCAAUCAAAGAAAUUCUACACGUCCAAGGGAUUCGGGACUUGGUUGACAAAUUUCUGCUGGAUCUGCGAGUAAAUGGGAGGAAAACGGUUUUCGAGGUAGACACUGGCUCUCCUGUUUCACUAAUCAGUGCCGCGGACAAGAAGUAUCAUUUUCCGCACCUGGCACUAAACUCUACCAGUACUCAGUUAGAGUGCAGAUUGCCUUUGCAUGUCGCGGAUUCUAAAAGACACCCACUACUAGGUCGCGAUUGGUUGCUCCAAUUGAAUCUUGAUUUCAAUCGCGUUUUUAAACCGAUUACUACUGGUUUUCAAAGUUUUGAACAACAAACCGUCACUGCGCUCAAGGAUCUUUUGGCAAAAUACUCUUCCGUUUUCGAUGGUAAUGUUGGGAAAAUUUCGGGUGUUCAAGCGUCUUUCAAUCUGCGUGCCGAUUCCAAGCCAGUCUACAUAAAGGCAAGGCCUGUUGCGUUUGCUGUUCGUGAUGCUGUCGGUGAAGAGAUCGACAAAUUCGUUGAAGCUGGCAUUUGGGAGAAAGUCGAUCAAUCGGACUGGGCUACACCUAUCGUUCCAGUUUGCAAAGCCGGUGGUAAGGUUAGACUAUGCGGCGACUACAAAAUUACCGUGAACCCUUCUUUGUUGAUCGAUGACCAUCCACUUCCUACGGUGGAGGAGCUGUUCGUAUCCGUUGCGGGAGGAGAACGAUUUUCUAAAAUUGACCUGUCCCAAGCAUACUUGCAGUUGGAAGUGAAAGAAGAAGAUAGAGCUUUACUAACCUUGAGUACUCACAAGGGGUUGUUCCGGCCGACAAGGCUUAUGUACGGUGUGGCUUCCGCGCCCGCUAUAUUUCAAAGACUCAUGGAGCAGAUCCUGCUGGGUAUACCAGGUGUCACGGUGUUCAUCGACGAUAUUCGUGUCACGGGUCCCGAUGAUAGGUCCCAUUUGCAAAGGUUGGAUGAAGUACUUAAGAGGUUAAGUGCUCAUGGUAUGCGUGCUAAUCGAGAGAAAUGUGAUUUCUUCUCAGAUAAAAUUGAAUAUUGCGGAUACAUGAUCGAUCAGCUAGGAGUUCGUAAGCUUCGGAAAAAGAUAGAUGCAAUUCAGAAUAUGCCCGUUCCUAAGGAUAAGGAACAAGUUCGUUCAUUUAUUGGUCUGGUAGGAUAUUACGGACGUUUCUUUCCUAACCUGAGUACGACUGUUUACCCGUUGAACAACUUGUUAAAAAACGAUGUACCGUUUUGCUGGAAUAGGGAGUGCAAUAAGUCGUUCAUGUUAGUGAAAAACGAGAUGCAAUCGGACCGAUCACGUAUUUCUGGAUGGAACUGA